AUGGGCAGGGUAAAACUAAAGAUAAAGAGGUUGGAGAACACCAAUGGCCGCCAAGCAACAUAUGCUAAAAGGAAAAAUGGAAUUAUGAAAAAAGCUGCUGAAUUAUCUAUAUUGUGUGACAUAGAUAUCAUACUUCUCAUGUUUGCGCCAAAUGGAAAGCCUUCGGUAUGUAGGGGGAGACGCAGUAACUUAGAGGAAGUUAUUGCGAAGUUUGCUCAACUAACUCCUCAGGAAAGGGCAAAAAGGAAGUUGGAGACUCUUGAGGCACUGAAGAAAACGUUUAAGAAGUUAGACCAUGAUGUAAAUAUACAAGAAUUUCUGGGCACAAGUAGUCAAAAUAUUGAGGAUUUGAGUAAUCAAGCCAGGUUAUUGCAGUCCCAAAUUUCUGAGACUCACAAGAGAUUAAGUUGUUGGACUGAGUUUGAUAAAAUAACCAAUGUGGAACAACUAGGACAGAUGGAAAAUUCACUCAGGGAGUCCCUAAAUCAAAUUCGAACCCGAAAGGAAAACAUAAAAAAGCAUCAACUUGCCUCGCUGCAAUGCAAUAAUCAGUUCAAUGAAAUGAAUAUUCCCUUUAGAAUGAGUGCAGAGCAGCAUCUCCAACCUCUUUCAUGGAUUGCGAAUGGUGACAGCCAGAAUAUAGUUUUACCUGAGGACUCAACCAUGUUUCUCCACAAAGAUGUAGAGGGAUCUGCAAGUUCAUCUUUUGGGAGUUAUGCGAGUUAUCUUGGUUCAAGUAUGAAGAAUGAGAUGUCUAACUCGGCACAAGAAAAUGGGGUUCUUAGUGAGCUGAGCAGCACUGCAAAUAUGAGACUACAAUUGAAUGGACAGUUUCCAUAUCUUCCAUACAAUUUUAAUUUACUGAAUAAUUUGAAGUUUCAACCAAAUGCAGAGAUGAAUCCACAUGAAAAUCCUGUAGAUUAUCAUGUGAAUGGAAGUUUAGAAGCACCGAGAUCUGGUUUUGAUUCUAAUCACCAUGCUUGGGCUUCCACAUCAGGGCCCUGUGGUGUUACAAUGUUUGAUGACCAGUUGUAUGCCCAGGCAAGCUCCACUAAAAUGCACUUUGGCUUCACAUAG